UAAUCGGGGCGGAGUCGACUCCAGCUUGACAACGCUAAAUCUCAACGCUCGAGACGGAAAGGUGUAUAAACGUCAAGAAACGCGCCAAAAUAGCCAGCAUUCAAAUGCAACGUAACCAGCGUUCGAAUGGCGAUGCCCGCCGCCGGACCGGCUGCUGGCCCUGCAAAGACAUGCAUGUGCGAUGUACUGAGGAACGGCCGCGAUGUGCGCGGUGCAAGAGACUGGGUGUCGAAUGUGAGUAUGGCAUGAAGUUGUUGUGGCAGGAAGACGCUAUUCAGCGAGGAAUCUGUCUGGGACGUGAGGGCGCAUGGUCGAAGAAAGGCAAGCCGAAGGCCCACAAGCCAGAUGCCCAGCAACGAGCUUCUCGACCCUACUUCAUCCCAACCACCAAAAAACCGAUAUUCCUGAAUACUACCUAUCGACAUUUCGGAAGUCAGAGCGAAGACGAACAGGACGAACAAGAUGGACAGGAUGAAGAACACCAUCCAUACACAAUUCCAAGUCCAACACCUGCCCUCUCGCACUUUGGUGCUCUCCCUACAACUGAAGCAUAUCUCCUGGACUACUUCAUUUCAGGAAUCUGUCCAAACUGCUCCCUAAGUGCCACACACAAUCCUUAUCUCCGCUAUAUCACACCUAUGACUUUCGUAUAUCCGCCUCUACAUAACGCUGUGCUAUCCAUCGCAGCUACCGAGCGCCAACUUCUGAACGAUCGCAGAUUUGAAAAGCAGGCAUGGUGGUAUAAAUCUCAAGCUCUGAAAGGACUUCAAGCGACCAUUGCUUCCGGCUUCAUUACCUGGCCUUUUAUCGCCACAAUCUUAAUGCUCUGUUUUGGCGACAUCGCUGACGGUUGCAACGAGGCCUGGAGAACCCAUCUCCGUGGCGGGUUGGCUCUUAUUAACCAGAUCAGCGCUGAAUGCACUGAGACCCAAAUGCUCCGCAAGUUCUGCCUCAUGUAUUUUGUCGCGCAUGACAUCAUGGGUCACACAGCUGGCAAUUCAACUCCAGAGUCGACAUCGUACGCUUGGCUUGAAGACGACAUCAUGGAGGAAAUAGAUCCACUAAUGGGUUGCUCCCGUGGCUUACUCGACAUCAUCGACCAAAUUUCUGCAAUCAGCUCGAACGCAGAACGCAUCUGCUUAUCGCGGGCCCUCACGACUGAGGAAAUCCAAAAUAUGGACGAAAGCCGUUUUCGCCUUGAGCACGCACUACGCACCGUCCGUCAACAUGCGCCUUUAACGACCUCAAACCCGAAUCUCGCGCUGGUGGCCGAGGCGAAGCGCACAACCGCGCUGCUUUACCUCUACGACCGCUUCAGUCCAUUCUCGCCCCUUGGUGAUCUAGAUCUGGCCGAAAAAAAAUCUCGCUACGCCCACCGCCUCAUAGACUCUCUCGCCUCGCAGCUAGAGUUACUACCCGUGACACCAACCUUACUAUGGCCGUUGUUCGUCUUAGGAAAUGCAAGCCCUGACAACGAACAUCAUAGGCGGUUCGUGCUUGAACGGCUCAGCGAUAUGAUCAAGAUGAGGAAUUUGGGCAGCGUUAGGCUUGCCAGACAAUUGAUGGUGAGGAAGUUCCGGGAAUGGGACCUGCAGGUUGAUGAACCUGCAUGUAAAGAUGGUCAAUUGGCUAUGAGAGGAAGAAUCUCGAGCGGCGGUGGCAAGAGAGGUCUGAGUGGGAAGUGCAUCUCACUGGCUUGAGCACGAGGGUCGAUUAGUUUCACUCUGGAAUCCUCUGAACUUUUCAUAUGA